AUGGCUGACAUCAAGGCAAUCAAGGACCAGAUAUGGUACAUCAAGCGCGACAUCCAGAAUGAAGAGAAGAAGCGCGAGGAGUGGGCUACAACGAUCUCAGGAAUCGACGCAGAGCUGGCUGGCAUGGGCCCCGGUGAAGACCGUGAGCAGUGGGAAGCCAUGAAAACAGAAGCAGAGCAGGCAGUGGCAGCGCACGAUGCAACCAUGGCAGGAUACAGGGCGCAACUCGAGCCUCUCGAGGCACAGCUCCCCCAAUUGCCCGCCCCAGCAGCACCAAAAUUCGACCCAGAGAAGCACCCUCUCCUCAAGAAAGCUAUGGAGAAGCAAGAGCCUGAGAAGCCAGUAGUCUUCAGCACUGGUGACAUGUGCGAGGCGCAGUGGGCUGACAGGUCGUGGUACAAGGCAAAGAUUCAGAGUAUCCUUGGCUCGGCUUCUGCACCAAAGUACCUUGUGCGUUUCAUCGAGUACGAAGAUACUUUGACCGUCGACAGCGACCGUGUGCGCCCACUACUGAGCAAGAGGAAGCCUGAGCCCGAGCCUGCCGCUGUGCCUUCACCAAGUACCCCUACAACAUCGACUCCGCAUGUUAUUUCGGGUCCUGUCAGCGUCAAUCCGAAUGCACAAGCCGCGAAAGCUGGCGCAGCUCUCGACGAACCCAAGCGCGUCAAUCGGGUGCCGAAUAAGGGUCAGCUGAAGAAGAGUGUUGGGAAUUGGAAGGACUUCCAAAGCAAGGGUGUUGGCAAGAAGAUUGCGAAGAAGGAGUCGAUGUUCAGGACAAGCAAUGCCUUUGGCAGCAGAGUUGGCUUUACAGGCUCUGGCAAGGGCAUGACUGAGACCCACAAACGCCAACGCUAUGAUCACAAGAAAGAUGCUGACGAUGACGAUGAAGCCAAGUACUGA